ACGAAGUGUUUACGAUAUGAUAUGAUUAUGAUAUGACAUGUGAAUGACUUGUACAUACAUACAUAUAUAUUAGAUUAACGAGGACAGUUUCUGGUAAAGUUAGACAAAAUGGUGUUGCUGAAAGAAUGAACGAGCACAGAAUAUGAGGGUUCUUAUGGAUUGCCAAAGAUAUUAUGGACCGAUGUUGUAAAUACAACAACCUACUUGAUCAAUAGAGGGUCGUCAUUGCCUUGAAGUUCAAGUUGUCAGAAGAUAUAUAAACAAAAAAAGAACUCAAGUACUCUCACCUGAGAACUUUUGGCUGCAUUGCGUAUGUUUAUGUUGAUCCAAAAAAGAGUGACAAGCUUGACGUUGAGGCUGUGAAAUGAUACUUCACAGUUUAUGAUUCUGACAUGUUAGGGUACAAGUUUUGGGAUGACAAGAAUAGAAAAAUUCCGAGACAUUGUGAUGUGACUUUUAAUGAAAAUGUUCUGUAUAAGAACUAAGAGAGAAAUGUUUUGGGACAACGAAAUAAGUGAGAGUUGAAGUUGAGUUGGGAAUAAUUCACAUAGUGAUGUUGUAGCAUAUAGUCCAGAAACUUUUGAUACUAUUGUUGAGGAACCUGAGGUAGAGCAAGUGACACUUUAGUAGGUAUUGAGAAGGUCAUCCUGGACUAUCUGAGUACCAGAUAGGUAUGUACCUUCACUACACUAUCUAUUGAUGACGGAUGAAGGGGAACCAGAGCCCUUUGAUGAUGUCUUACAGUUGGAGGAUACAACCAAGUGGGAGCAAGUCAUAGAUGAUGAGAUGAGUUUGAUGUCAAGGCUUCAAAAUAGUGUUUCUCUUUCAUCAACGGAGGCUAAGUACAUGACAAUAGUUGAAUCUGGAGAGGAGAGAAGAUGAUAUGAAUGACAAGCUAUCUAGAAGAAUUAGGCAAGAAGCGCCGCAAAAAGUUUCUUCAUACAGAUAGGCAGAGGUGUCAUAUAAUUGGUGAAGAAUCCGAUCUAUCAUUCAAAGACAAAAUACAUCAGAAGACGAUACUAUUUUACUCGGUUAUCAAAUUAUUUGGAUUUAGUUCAAAUAUAUGAAACUUUUAUAAACUAAAUUAGUUCUUCAAUUUUUCUAAAACUAGUUUGAUCGAGUAAAUGGAGUAUCACCAAGAUCAAAUACGAACCCACCCAUUCAUCCAAAAGGGAAGGGAGGAGCUUAUGUAUUUGCAUGACCCCUAUAGAUUUGACUCUGGAUGGGUGUGGUGGCAACCAAACUAUCCCUUUUCAUUCAUAAAUUGCAAUACCAUAGUUUUAAGCGGAUAUUCCCAAUUCUAGUUUAAUAGUACAUCUCAAAGGCGACCAGUCAAAGCAUUAUGAACAAAGAGGUCAUAUAACCAACUAAUCAUAUACAAGAAAAAAGCAGGGCAUCACUGAUUGACAUAUUUAAAUAAUGGAAGUAGAAAGUAAGAAGCACGUGGAGGGAAGGAGAGAGCCGAAAAUGGUCAAAAUUGGGACAAACAUGGCUGCUUUGGUUGACAAGGGCGGCUUCACCAACCACCAACCAUCACCAACGCCAAGCUUUGACUCCUCACCAAAACCCACCUUUUAGUUUUCACUUAUAAUAAUAAUACAUAAGCACACAGAUUUGGUUCCUACCCCCACAAACCACAUCUAUAUAAACCACUUCCCCCUCUUUCCAUCUCUCAACGCGCUCUCUCUCUCUCUCUCUAGACAUGGCUUCCACUGCCCUCCUUUCUCUCUCUACAAUGCUCAUUGUUUCUCUAGUUACCAAGUUCAUAUUCCCCAUGUCCCCAAUUGCUCUUGGUGUCACCAUCUUCCUUGCUCCUCUUCUUACUUACAUCAUCUCUUCCAUGGCCUUCUCCUCCAAGCUUCCUCCUGGCCCUCUCUCCCUUCCCAUCUUUGGCAAUUGGCUCCAAGUUGGCAACGACCUCAACCAUCGCCUUCUCGCUUCCUUGUGCAACACAUUCGGCUCCAUAUUCCUCUUGAAGCUGGGCUCCAAGAACCUCGUUGUCGUGUCGGAUGCCGAGCUUGCUAGCCAAGUUCUCCACGCUCAGGGCGUUGAGUUUGGCUCUCGUCCUCGAAACGUCGUGUUCGAUAUCUUCACUGGAAAUGGUCAGGAUAUGGUGUUUACUGUUUAUGGUGACCAUUGGCGUAAGAUGCGUAGAAUCAUGACGUUGCCGUUCUUCACGAACAAGGUGGUGCAUAACUAUAGUGGCAUGUGGGAGGAUGAGAUGGACUCUGUGGUUCGUGAUUUAAGGAGUAACAAGAAGUUUCAAUCCGAGGGGAUAGUUAUUAGAAAGCGUUUGCAGUUGAUGUUGUACAAUAUCAUGUAUAGAAUGAUGUUUGAUGCGAAGUUUGAAUCCCAAGACGAUCCUUUGUUCAUUGAAGCGACUCGAUUCAACUCGGAAAGGAGUCGGUUGGCGCAGAGCUUUGAGUACAACUAUGGAGAUUUCAUUCCUUUGCUUAGACCCUUCUUGCGAGGCUAUUUGAACAAGUGCAGGGAUUUGCAGGGUAGGAGGUUGGACUUUUUCAACAAGAACUACGUCGAGAAGCGAAGGAAGAUAAUGGCUGCCAAUGGAGAUAAGCACAAGAUAAGUUGUGCGAUGGAUCAUAUCAUAGACGCUCAGUUGAAAGGUGAGAUAAGUGAAGAGAACGUGAUUUACAUCGUAGAGAACAUCAACGUGGCAGCGAUAGAAACGACAUUGUGGUCGAUGGAAUGGGCAAUAGCGGAGUUGGUGAAUCAUCCAGACAUCCAACACAAGAUUCGGGAGGAGCUAAAGAAUGUCCUAAAGGGAAAGGAAGUGAGUGAAUCGAAGCUUCAUGAGCUGCCAUACUUGCAAGCAACGGUGAAAGAGACGCUGAGGUUGCACACUCCAAUACCGUUGUUGGUGCCACAUAUGAACUUGGAAGAAGCAAAGCUGGGAGGGUACACCAUCCCAAAGGAGUCGAAGGUGGUGGUGAAUGCAUGGUGGCUGGCAAACAACCCGGAGUGGUGGAAGAAUCCAGAAGAGUUCAGGCCAGAGAGGUUCUUUGAGGAAGAAAGUGGGACGGAAGCUGUUGCUGCAGGGAAGGUGGAUUAUCGGUUCUUACCAUUUGGAGUUGGAAGGAGGAGUUGCCCUGGAAUUGUGUUGGCAAUGCCAAUCUUAGGGCUCAUCCUUGCCAAAUUGGUAUCAAACUUUGAAAUGAAGCCUCCAAGUGGGAUGGAGAAGGUCGAUGUGACCGAGAAAGGAGGACAGUUUAGUCUGCACAUCGCCAACCACUCCACAGUUGUUUUUAACCCAAUAAUGGCUUAACUUGCCAACACCGAGUCUCCCUAUUUUAUAUUGGUUUUUCUUUAGAUAUAAAACAUAUAAUUUGUAUUUGAAGUCAAUAGAAUAAAUCCUUUGACUAGAAAUGAUAAUGAAGAACAAGUUUGUUUAGAA